AAGAUAUCGUCGAUAAUUAACUCAUGUCGGGUGUUUAAUUAAUUGAUCGAAAAAUCGCGACGGGGAAUAGUGAAUUAAGUCCCAAAAUUAACCGGCGUCUGCCGGCGCGUCUAUUACAAUGGUGAUUCCGAGGAAAACCGCAACGGCUCGCGUCCAUCAUCGUUCCUGACAAACCAUCAUUCACGUGCUGCGAGGAUCGUCGAUCAUCUGGCUGCAGUGUCUACGACAACCGAUGAAGUUUAUCGCAUGGCCUGCCGUGUUCAGUUGACAUUUAACAGAAUGCUGUGGGGAAGAUGCGUCCUCUAGCUCUCGUUCUCACGAGCUUCAACCUCCUGCAAGUCCUCGUCCGCUGUCAGGAAUUAUCGGUCAUCCGGCACUCCGAUGGAGACAUUUUUACCAUCGAAGGUUCUUGUACGGAAGCUUGUACGGUGCUCAGCAGUGGUACCGCCAGUCCUUACUCCCGCGGUUCCUCGAGCUCGAGCCUGCUUGUGCCAAACAGUUCCUGCACGUGCCAGUGCAACUUCGAUUUGCCUAUCUUCCGAGAGGAUCUUCACAUAUGCGUCAACGACAUCCACGAGUGCAACGUUGCGGGGUUUGUCAACAGCAACGGCCAUGUGGAGAGAGUACCGUACGUCUUCUUGCCACAGCGAGGACAAAUAAUAUAUCCGCACGCGGAGAUUCGUUUCGAAGGUGUGACCACUCCUGUAUGCGGGAUCGCCGGUGCCCAGCAAUUGGGUAGGGCGGGAUGGUCCGAGCUGAGAAAUCUCUCCGACGCCGAGCCGCCCUUCAGACUGUUUCGAGACGAGGGCAGGACGUUCCUCCAGUGGAUCGGCGAAGCUGGACUGAGAGACGCAGCGGAAGGACGAGUCGUGACAGCCAAGCUCGUCUGCAGAGACGCGUCGCCAAAGUCAACAUUCUCUGGAGUUUUUACACCUUGCGUGGCCUUUAGAGUGGCCGGUUCACCAUCGAAAAAUAGCGUGCGAGAAGUGAUGUUCUCGUCGACAUCUCAGGUGUCGCAAGGUUUAUCAGCUACGGAAUACACCGCCAUUGGUCUCUCCUCCGUAAUCUUGGCCCUCAUAUACGUAGCCAGCAUAUCGUUAUAUUUGCACAGCAGAAGGGCGAAGAGGAAAUCCAUCGAGGAGGCGAACAUCACUCUCGACGGCGGUCGAGACGGCGGCGGAUUGGUGAAGAGUAAUCCGUUGUUAGCCACCGCGAGACACUUCGAGAGCGACACUAAUAGCGGACUCACCGAGAGUGAUUUAGGCGAGGAUCUUCCCGCGAGCGAUAACGAGCAAGGCUUCGAAAACAUAACGUCCGCGAUCGUCCAUCCUCACUGCGUGUAUCUGGAGCAAUCGGAAGGGCUUUUUCCCGCGGGUUCUAUUCUCGGCGAGAGACUACCGGAAGAGGAUGUACGGGUCGUGGAGACGGCUGACAAUCCGCAUCAGCAGGAUGUACCGGUUCUUCCAGGUGCUCAGCGAAGGAAAUUGUACUUCAAUCCCGCGUACUUCGAUCGACAGCUAUUGCUGGCCCCACCUCCGGCUGCCAUCGAGUUCCUCCUCAAAAUCCGAGAAGUCAUCUCCAUCGCCAAGCACAAGAUGGCUGCGAAGAGAUUUGUUCCUACCCUCACCGGUAUUCCGGAAGAGGAGAGCGGUUCCGAACGCUGCGAGUCGGCAAAGUCAAGCAAGCACCAGCAGAGAACGACGCCGAGCUCCAUCCAGGCAGGCUCGGUCGCGAAGUCGCGCAAAUCUCAACGAUGCACCGGAUGUCCCGGCUGCAGCGAGUCUCCCCGACAGCUUCCUGCUCUUCCUGUUCCCGACUUGCCCAGCCACGGUGAGAGCAAGGUGCGCGCCUGGUUGGAAGACGUGCGACCGCCGCAGCGUCGCUGGAGAGACGCCGAGGACACGCGCAAGAACUUCCAAGAGAACGCCCGGACGUUUGCUAAAAAUCUCGAGUACCUGAAGGAGCUGGCCAGACGCGACUUUGUCGACGGUGACGACCGCGCGAGUCUGGUCGGCAAGUCGGUGUCGUCGUGGAAGGACAACCCGCCGAUGCUGAGGACCUUCCAGAACAUCGCCGCCAGGAGCGAGAUUCUGGAGAACGCCGACCGUCACAGCGUGUCCAGGCGGUCGACCAGAUCCAUGUUCGAGGGAUCCGAGUACGAUCGUCACGGUAAGCGGGCGAACGGCAGAACGUUCCAAUUCGCCGCUGGUGACGACGCGAUAAACGCGAAGGUACGCAAAGCCAUCGAGAAUUCCUUCAUCAAGCAGAUGGAGGAAAACGCGGCCAUGGAGAAUGGGACGAAGGGGAGCGCGAAGGACGACAGGAACAGCAAGAGCGAGGACGAGUCCGCCAAGACGGAGAGGUCGUCCAGCAACACGGAGGAAUCGGAGAAAUCGCGAUGCCAGCAACCGCCGCAGGGUAAUCCGGCGCCGAAGAGAUCGAGGAAGUCGAAGGCAGCGCCAUGCGCGCCGUCGUUGAAGAAGAAGGAACUCCCGGAUAUGAUCAACGAGUUACCCGGCGCGAAAAACACCGCCAAGCGCAUUAUGGACGCGGUGAUACGCGAGAUGGUGGACGUGAAGGCAUUGGACCACCAUCACGCCAGAUCGUCCGAUCGUAUCAUAACGAUCGGCGACUACGAGGUGGACAGUCUGGAACGUUCCAAGUGUAGCCGAAAGUCCUCGACGUCGCCGGAUCAGUCGUCGACGGACAAUCAAUCGAGCCCGGCUUUGUCCACGGCGCUGCCGAUGGACGAGGAGCUGACGAUGCAGAACGCCGUGAUCAACACGCGAACCGGCGAGAUGACGAUGUCGAAGCUCAGCAAUCAGAUCCUCGCGAGGAAUUGCUACAACAGUCUGCCAGAGCUAAUCAGCAGCCAGCGAUCGGAGACGUACUCGCUGGUGAGCGAGGUUUACGUCAACGACGGCUACGCCAGUCCGGCUUGCAGCGACGAUAGCGGCCCGGAGAUCCAAUACGAGCCGGAGAAUCCGGGCCAUCUGACCAUCAAGGUCCAGGAUUCGCCAGAGAAUUACGUAAAGCUCGACGAGUCCGAGUACGAGCCCGACACCUUGGACCGAAAGCCGAUGAAGCUGCGGAUCAACGACGACACGCAAUACGACCGCAGGGAGAUCAUCAACGAGGUUUACGUGGAUUCCUUGGAGCGGCCGGCUCAGAUCCUACUCAGGAGCAGGGGCAGCUUCCGCGACGAGAACUCCGCAACGCUGCAACGCGGUCACGGCAGUCUACGAGAGAUAUACGAAGCGAGGAUCAAGUCGAGCCUGAAGGACCAGCAUUUAACGAACGGCCACGACGUCGAGUGCCAGGUGAACGGCGAGUCCGACGGCACCCUCUCGUGGAAGAAGUGCAGGUACCUGACGCCGGACAGCAGGCAGGCCAAGAGACAACGACAGCCGCACAAUCAGCCGGACGUGGUGCCGUUACCGCCCACGGAGGAGGAGAUCUAUCAACGGCCGAAACCACCGCGACGCGUCGAGGACGCGAGGCUGCCGCCGUUAUCUCCGUCAAAAAACGCCUGGGACGGGAGUCCUGUCGAAGCGGGUGACCCUACGGCCAGCAACGGCGCUCCUGUCCCGAAGGCUGACGGAUAUCAUGUAGGGGACCAAACCUGCCUCUGCGCGUCGCAGACUCAGGUCGACGUCGCGACGAGGUCCAAGUACGAGGUUUACAACGAGGAGCGUCGCGAGAACGUCGUUCCUUUCACGGAAGCGACGUUCUUCAACGAGAGGAUAGGUGAGUGCACCGUGACGAACCGCUGCAGGGACUGCCCGUGCGAGACGCGGAUCGAGAUCGAAGUUCCCGAGGAUAGGUACAACUUCUACCAUGGGCACGUGGUUGGCUCCUCUAAGGAGGAGGUCUCGGUGCGAAACGGAACGAAAGUGACGCGAGAGAAACGAUCCGUCUCGAGUUUCUCUCAUCACAGAGGCUCCGCGAGAAGUUCGAAGCCGCGAAGCUCGUGGAGCGUCGAUCAUUGUCACGAGGACGAGAGCAGGCUCCUCGACAACGGCAGGGCGCAGAGCUGCGCCAGCAGGACGAAGCAGCUGAUGAAAGGCCUCUCGAAGAGCUGCGAUUCCGGCUUUCCGAGCGUGCUGCCCUUGAUGGACAAUCGGCGCGGUCAUGCGAAGGUCGAGGACAGCGGCUACCUCAGCAGCACCGACAGCAACGGCUCGCGCAAGCGGCUGCUGAAGCACGAGGUCAGCAGCGUGUCCGAGGAGACCGACGAGACCGAGUCGGUAUGCGACGGCGCCAGCGAGAGCGGCGCCGAGAGCGUCGGCACCGACAGCGUGUUCUUCGGCAACUUUCGCCGGAUUUCGGAGAUCUCCAAGAGCGCCGAUUCCGGCGUGGAUCUGGGAACGAGGAAUUCGAUGUAUCAACCGUUGUUUGGCACGAGAAACGAGACGACGGUGGUUCUGGAAAGAGGGAAUUUCAGCGCCAGCGACAGCGAAACCGAGAGUCUCGUCACUGUAUUGCCGCCCUGUGGCGGUCAGUGUAACAAGUUGAUAUCGUAAACGGCACCGAAGAAAUUUAAUCGGGCUGAAGGGUUCGUUUCAAAGUCUAGUCUAACAUUUUUAAUUUUUUAAUUUCGUGAAUUUUUUUCAA